AAAGUUAUAAAAAGACCACCUGCAGGAUUUUCACUCGCUGGUAAUCUCAGCUGCUUGACUCCGCCCCUUCCUGUCUGGGAGGCUCCUGUCAGCCCUCCAUCACUUUCCCUUUACACGCCUCCCUGCAGCCGAAUGAGCAGGUGACUGUGGAUUUACCCUCGAACGCUGAGGAAGAAGAUUUUAAAUUACUGAAGAUCAUUUUCUUUUUUCAAUCAUGUUCUGAUUGGAUUUAUUAAAGCACCAGUGAGUCAUGGCUUUGUUAAUGUUCUCCCCUGUGAAGACGGCUGUGUAGUAGAUCUCCACCAGUUUCAUUUCCAAUUCCAAAACAACUUGCAAGACAACUGUGCCAACAUGAUGAAGAAGCAAGUGGAGGUCAGGAUGGACGAGAGCCACCUGGAGCCCAUCGUGGAGAAUCCCGAGAGCAUGUGUAGCAGCUUCUGUGACAAAGUCAUGAAGCACAUGGUUCUCACCCUCACCAUCCUCGGUGUGUUUCUGGGCUCCAUCGCUGGAAUGCUGCUGCGGCACAUCUCUCCUCUGCCCGCUGAUGUCAUCAUGAUCAUCGCCUUCCCGGGGGAGAUCCUCAUGAGGAUGCUGAAGAUGCUGAUCCUGCCCCUUGUGGUUUCCAGUCUGGUCACAGGACUCGCCGGGUUGGACGCCAAAUCCAGCGGGCGCCUGGGCACCAGGGCCAUGGUGUACUACAUGUCCACCACGGUGAUCGCAGCCAUCCUGGGGGUGAUCCUGGUGCUGCUCAUCCACCCCGGGAACCCCAAGCUGAAGGCCAACCUCGGGCAGGGCAAGAAGAACGACGACGUGUCCAGCGUUGACGCCUUCUUCGAUCUCAUCCGGAAUCUGUUCCCGGAGAACCUGGUGCAGGCCUGUUUUCAGCAGGUAGGAGUCUCACCCACCAAGUCAAGUCUGAUUCAUUUGCCUCUCGCCACCAACUGCUUUCUUUUUUUAAUUUCGCUUCUUGUCCAGAUCCAAACCGUGGUUACUAAAGUACCAGUGCCCACCAACAGGACCAAGGCACCCCCACAGUUCACAGUGAAAAGGGCGCUGCAGUUCAAGAGUGGGAUGAAUGUCCUGGGUCUCAUCGGGUUCUUCGUGGCGUUCGGAGUCAUUAUGGGCAAAAUGGGAGAAAAGGCCAAGAUGAUGUUGGAGUUCUUCAACGUCCUGAACGAGAUCGUUAUGAGGCUCGUCGGUGCGAUCAUGUGGUACUCCCCGUUCGGUAUCGCCUGCCUCAUCUGCGGAAAGAUCAUCUCCAUCGCCGACCUGGAGGUGGUGGCGAGGCAGCUGGGGAUGUACAUGGUCACCGUCAUCGUGGGCCUCAUCAUCCACGGGGGCAUCUUCCUCCCGCUGAUAUAUUUUGUGAUAGUAAGACAGAACCCCUUCACGUUCUUCAUGGGAAUAUUCCAGGCUUGGGUGACCGCGCUCGGAACAGCGUCCAGUGCCGGCACCCUGCCCGUCACGUUCCGCUGCCUGGAGGAGAACCUGGGCAUUGACAAGCGGGUGACGCGGUUCGUGCUCCCCGUGGGCGCCACCAUCAACAUGGACGGCACCGCGCUCUACGAGGCCGUGGCGGCCAUCUUCAUCGCUCAGAUGAACGGGAUCCAGCUCGACUGGGGACAGAUCAUCACCGUCAGUAUGACAGCCACCCUGGCCAGUGUGGGAGCAGCCAGUAUCCCCAGUGCGGGCCUCGUGACCAUGCUCCUGAUCCUCACGGCGGUGGGGCUGCCCACUCAGGACAUCAGCCUCCUGGUGGCUGUCGACUGGCUGCUGGAUCGUUUCCGGACCUCGGUGAACGUGGUGGGCGACUCGUACGGCGCCGGCAUCGUCUACCACCUCAGCAAACACGAGCUGGACUCGUUCGACGCCCAGCAGGCCCGGAUGGACGAGUUUGAGAUGGCAAAGACACAAUCCUUCUAUGAAAAUAACAGCAACCAGAAUGUAUACACUAACCACAACUCAAUCUUGAUAGACGACUGCAAGGUCACCAUGGGGAAAAAUGGCAAGACUACAGACUUCUCUCUUGUUGAGGAGGAACCAUGGAAAUGCCAGAAAUAAAGCAGACUCAGAAGCUGCUGCGCCUUACCCUGAGUUCCACCAUCUUUUACUCCUCUGCUGACGCAACUAGAAACAAAACUACAACCAAAAAAUAUAUAUAUUUAUGUCAUAUACAAAACGAAGACAAAUGUAAUUAGCAGAGUCAACAGUUCUGCGAGAUCAGAACAAACAGUCGGACAUUUGUUUUUUUUGUUUUUUGGUCAGUGACCCGUGCGGGGAGCUACUGGAACAAACCACUCGAGACUCACCAACCUGUACUAGAUCUUUUGCAUUUGCGCUACCUGGACACAAACUGCAUUGAGCGGGUCACGCACUCGUUCCGGAAGAAUAAAAAACCCUUGCUUGACAACACUCAGGGCCUUACUCGGUGCUGCUUCGAGAGCAUGGGAGGAGUGAACAGUGCUUCACGAGGCAUUAUGAUGUAAGUGCAAGAAGGUUAAAUACUGCUAUUACCUUUGACUGUUUGACUUAUGAGAUUACGCCUUGGUCGUCAUGGUCAAGCCUAAGAAGUGAAGCUUAGGGCUUAGGACCAUAAGGGGAGAAGGGGCGUGGCCUCUAAAUGUGGUAACAAACAGUACAGGAUGUUUUGCAAAGAUCUAUACAGCCGGAGGAUAGAGAACGACAAGGGUGCCCUCCCUGUUAUGUAUUUAUUGACGUAUUUAUUUUUUUGUAUAUAUGUUGUUUAUGAGUGAAGCACUGCGAUUCUGUUUGUAGUAAACAAAAACAAAAAAAAACUUAACAAAAGUAUGCCUGUGUACUUGAGUUUAUGUGUUUUCCUGAGAGGGGGAGAGAGAGAGAGAGGGGGGGAGAAAGUUUGAAGGAAAGCUUGUGAUUGUGAAGUCUCUCAAACUCUCAGCAGGCCGGUGCGUUGCUCUGUUUUGUUUCAAACUGUCUGUUUCUUUGCUGUUAUACAACCUUUGCCUUGAAGACGUCAACUGCCGAGUGCAGUCGGUAUGAUUUCCGGAGAAAAGUUACUCCGGUUCAUGAAUAACAGUUUAGCAGAGGAAAUAUAAAAACAGCUUCGACCUUCCGGGCUCACUGGCCUCUGGGUGAGGACGGCUGGGCCUUCCUCACCACAUAUCAACUCGGAUUUUUAGCAGAUUUUAAAGUUUUAUUUCACACAGUAGACACAACAAGGCUUGCAAUUGCAUGUAGAGUUAAGAAGCUUCGGGUCACGUUUGUUUAGGGCUCACUAACUUCUGCCUCCAGUUCUCGUUCGGAUCAGAAGCCGUAACAACAAGGUCGUUGGAUGUUGAUGCUGUAUUUGUACAUGUUUUGAGUUUAAGUCUGUGUAACAACCUGAAUUAUUUAUUUUUCUCUUUUCAUAUAAGCGACAGCUUAUACAUUCAUGUUUAAAGUGCCUCCUUGCACUUUGUGUAUAUACUUUCUUUAGACAUAUGUAUAGAAUUUGAAUUUUUUUGCUAUGCUUAAAGUUUCUAUAAAGACUAUAGCUCUAGCUCUCUCUAUUUAAAUAUAAAUAUGUAUGUGUGUAGCAAUGUUAGUACAGUGGAAAUGUUCUUUUAAUGGGCCACUAGUUGUGAGAGGUUGUGAAAGUAGGGCGAUUUAUUUUAUAACCAUACCUUCAAUUUAUAUUUUUAAAGCAACACUGUGUAACUUUUACUGAGUAACAGCGCCCCCAUGUGGUGGCUGAGUCUGUUGGGCUCCUUGUCAGAGAAAAAUAUAAAUCUAUCAAUGUGUUGAUUGGAGCUGUGACUGCAUAUUCGCACUCACUGAACUGAAACACAAGGGAACGCUGGAGAUUACCCAUGAUCCUCGGCUUCAUGAACCAGAAGAGCUGCCGCUGUAACAAAUCCACCAAACUCUGUUAAGAAAGAAAAAGUUGCAUGUUGUUGCUUUAAGAGAAACGACUGAGCUCCAAACGGUUGUCACGGAGGAAAUCUGUCUCUUGACGACUUUGUAUUGUUGUUGAUUCAUUACAGAUGUGGUGUUUUGACGCAGUGUUGAGUGCAUGAUAAUAUUGGUGCUGGCAACUACACUUUGUCUGCAUGUCGUUGACCUCAAUGCGAUUCGCUGUUUAGCUCAAUCAUCACCUACCUGGAAAACCAAAAAUCAUCAGAACACCGUGAUUUCUGGAGGAAAGAAAAACAAUCGUAAAUCAAUUACACCAAUUUCCCAUUGAUUCCACUGGUCCUUUCACCAGAUCAGAAUGUGCUGUUAGUCAGCUGGCCGAGUGUGUUUAGUGUUUUCUAUGAACAGGUCCAGUUGUACAAUCUUUAGGAAAUAAAAGUUGUGUUUUCUAUCGUUUCUCUUUGUUUCUAUGCACAUAUUGGUCCCAGUACGUUUUCAACACCUCCUCUUGUGUCGGACUUUCAUUGUGACGCACAACUUCUUUCUGACGUUGACUAGACUACAAGCUAAUGACGACAACAGAGCACAGAAACAUUUCUCAGGCUGAGCGGACUGGAAACGUGUACAUGUUUUAAUACCUGUGUGUGUGUAAAUAUUAAUGGGAACAAAUAAACGUUUAUUGAAUGAG